GGCCGCCGAAAAUAAAAAAAAAUUUACACAAAACGCAGCGGAAAAUGGAAAAGGUGUUAUAAGAGAAACGAAGAGAAACAAAGAAAGUGAUUGAAGAUCGGAUGUGAUUUUAGUGGGUAAACAAAAUAAAUAACUAUUGUUCAUAAUCUGCAUAACAAUAAAACGGAAUAUAAUCAAUUUGCCUUGUUAAUAAACAAAUAAAAACAAAUUUUCGAAUAAUUUAUAAAAGAAAAUAUAAUAUUUCUGCUUAAUACACAAACGAAAACUGUGGAUUUGUCGAUAAAGAAUUCUUGGGGGAUACAUCAAGCGCAAAACACUUAAAUACGCACAUACAUACAUACUUACAUCUGAAACAUCUUCUGCCUAUUGGGGUGGAGAAAGUUUGGACAAGUGUUGAAGUUACUUGCAUACUCGUACAUACAUAUAUCGUCAGGAGCAGGUUGUAGGCAACGCUUGCAACGUAUGAACAUACAUGGAUAGGGCGGGAUCUCAUAAUACCGACGAUCUUGAGCGUAUAUGUAAGUGUCUAUGAAUUAAUCAAGCCACUCUUGCCAAUCCAACGAAAGCCAUGAGUAUACGCACGCGGGCACUAGUCUUUUCAACCUUUUUCGGAAGUUGCAUCGCAAUCGGUCUUCUCUUGGUCAGCUUAACUACAAACCAUUGGGUACGCGCCUACCCGAAACGCUUAAACUCAACAGAUUCGAAGGGAGAUAUAAAUUUUGGUUUGUUUUACGGUAAUAAAGAUCUAAACUAUGGAUUUGGAGUGAGAUCGUCACCUAUAAUUGUUUACACGUUUGAUCAAAAUGGCCCUGAAACAAUGAACUUUUGGUUAUGGCUCAUAACUGCUCUAGGCACAGGUUUUGGUCUGCUAAGUAGUGCAAUUUCCGCCGUUGCUGCUGUAUUAAAAUCUGCAUCGGCAGCAAAACGUCCAGGAACUAUGGUACUACUAUUCGCUUCUAACAUCUCGUCGGCCGCAGCACAGGUGACCGCCUUUAUUUGCUGGCUUUUUCAGUUCUAUCAAUAUUUACAGCACAACGUGCUUGCUGUGCAGGAUCGUAAUUGGUAUAGUCAUGGUUUAGCCUUUUUGGGUUAUAGUUUCUAUUUGGUAAUUGCCUCUACACUUGUUGUUAUAUUAAAUAUUUUCAUAUUAUUACACGCCAAACGUUGUGAGCAACGUGAUCGCCAAAGACUUGAGCCACCUAGCGAGAAGAAGAAUCAAGGCGCCAUAAUGUUAUACUAACAGCGUAUGCUUCUUACUCACGUACAUGUAAAAUGGACUCAUGUGAAAUUCGAUAGUCGCUAGCGUGGCUAUAGAGCACAUGACCCAGAGCAUUCCUUAUACUCAUUAUGAUAUAAUAAAAUCUAUAGAAAGGAGUUAUUUUUAAUUCAUAUUUAUGUACCUACAUUUAUAUAUAUGCAUUACGGAUAGCAUUUCAUUUAAUGUAAUGAAUUGCCUACUUCAAUAUCUCGUUUAAUUUUUAUCUCGAAUUUCUUCCGAAUCUACUUUUGUCUAUUUAGUAUACAAAAUUUCUUAAAGGUGAAAUAAAUAUAAUAAUUUUUAU